AUGUCGAACCCAGAAGCUCCGGUGCGAAUGGCCCAAGGACGGAACGACCAGAACCUGCAAUCGAUGCAGUCGAAAGGGGGUCUGCUGUCUCCUUCGUCGGUUGAGCAGCAACCAUUGCCGCUGCUCAUGUCCCCUUUGCCGGUGGAGCAGCCACAUAUGCCACUGCUGCCGCCAUCAAACACAGGAUGGUCGCAAUCCUAUUACCAGGCCACUUUGAUUGACCAGACACUAGACGGUAACAGCAUGUAUUCCCCAGGUUUCAAUCCCAUUAUGACGCCACAGGACGCGGAAGUCAUGAGCUGCCUCUCUUCGGACUGGGGGAGUUACGAUCUCGCCGGAGUCCUGCCGCCGGACGAGAACCCCGAUGACCAACAGGUGGUCUGGUCACUGCCCAGUCCAAGCCCAUCUUCUCUACAGGACCAACAGCCCUGCCACAACCCGCUCCAGGCAGUGUCGCCACAACAAGAAAUGUAUCACCCAACCUCGGAGCCUCAGCAACAAGGACUACAUUCACUGCCAGAGCAGUUCCUCGCUCCAGACCCAAGCCCGUAUUCGCCACCUCUAUCAUCCCAAGAUUACCAGACUGCCCAGACAACCUUUGGAGACAGUCAUGUCUCCAACGUCACCUCUCUCAGUAGCCACCUGUUCGAACUCAUGUAUUUGUGCCAGGCCCAGUCCGGACCCGAAACCUCAUCAGCAAGCUCAAGUACAUCAACACCGGCAGGCGGCUGUCGGCAACAGCAGCAGCAACAAUACAGACCAAAUGUGUGCCUGAGUGGAAUACUAACCUGCAUCCAGAGGCUCUUCAGCCUGCUGGCGCCGUAUGUGUCCUCCUGGGAUGGACGACAGGGCUUUCUUUCGGGCGUCACCUCGGCUCUAAUCGACGGCCCCACGAACCUUCUCAUACUGUCUUGCUACGCCAAGAUCUUCGAAGCCUUCCGUCAGCUCAUGUCGGGGGUCUACCAUCGAUUGCUCAGCGGCCAAACCACCACCAAUUUGUACGAGCUCAAGAUUGACGACGUCGCCAUCGACGGCGACGGGCACCUCGAAAUCCUGAUCCUGAUCCAGAUCAUCACACACAAGCUCAACACCCUCGGCGCCGUUCUGGGAGUCCCCGAAAAACACCGGGUGGGCGUGGGCGACGAACUCCAGUACACGGGCGCCUCCGGUGCUACUGCUACUACUAAUAAUACUACUGUCCUCAAGGCAAAUGGUAUGGUGGGGGGUCAUGGAGCUGUGGAACCGUACUGGGAGAUGGCCCCACUAGACGAUCUGAUUUCUGGGAGCGCGGGAAGCAAGCACGUGUUUGGAGAGGAGGGUAGUAGUCCCAUGGAGAGCGCCGCGGCUGCGUUUAGCGAAGAGCUUCGUCUGAUCAAGGAUCUGCUUGACCACAAAGGGAGAAUGAUAUAA